AUGGCUUUAACGGACGACAACUUUUCCGGAAGUUGCAAAGACGCUCUUCAAAUCGACUCUAUCAAAAUUGCAUCCAUAAGAGGAGGUCUGCGGUGGCCGCUAGACGUGUUUGGUAUGGUUGUAGCUCGUGAUGUCUUGGACAACCGCAAGCGUAAUAUCAUCUUCGCCCGUGCAAGGACCAAUUGUCAGACCAUCACCGAGGAGCAUCCGUAUUUAGAACUCACGGGUCCUACCCGUGCUGUUGUGGCCUGUCUUGAUCCUAGGAACAUCGAGGUCAUGCUCAAAGUUAAGGCAGGCGCCGCUGAAUCGGAGGAUAGAGACCUCAGUUUUCUAGCGUUAACGUUAAAACAUCGUGGGUAUUGUUCUUAUGACGAAGAUUACACUAGCAAGCGUAGCACACUUGAAUUAACAUUCCGCCACAUUGAGAGCUCCGUGGAGGCCACGAUCAGCGUGCAACUCGUUGGAGGCUCAUCAUGGCCAGAAGGUUUCCAAGGUGUUUUCACCGUUAGUAUUGCUAGUAUAGAUGAUGCCGAAAUUGUGUUGCUCGAUUUUGAUAACAAAUUGCCUGUUGUUGGUGACAGUGGCGUGAUUAAGCUCUCACGCCGUGUUGUCUCUGUUGAACACCGUAAAGGAAGACUGAAAGUUUCUGUCGUUGCACGGCGUGAAAAGGGCGAAGAUAUUGCGAGAAGUGAUGAUAUAGUUUUCACAUCAAAGUAUGUCGGAAGAAGCCGUGGUGUGGUUGAUGUUGGCUCUUGUAAGCUGCAAGUCACGGUUGCAUGGUCCGUUUUCAAUCGGUAUUCUUAG